UUACAACAGGACACAGGGAGGACUGAAAAAGAAAACAACAGUUUUCAAACCUUUUUCUUUGGUUUCUGGUUCUGCACUCUGCACUACCCUAAUUGGCUAAUUCUAAUAUCUCUCUCUGUGUAAAACCCUAAUUACCAAACACAAAAUUCCGAUUGAAAUUCUCUCUCCUCGUCGUCGGCGACGAUGAAGAAACCUUCGCCGGCAGCGAUGGCGGAUUCGUCGGAAUUUCCUCCACCUGCACCCCCAAAUCAUCGGAAGAAGAAAACGAGGGAACUGCCGAAUUUAUCUGAUUGCCAUUGUUGUAAUCGUCGAAUCAAUUGCACAAACCCUAAAAAUCGGCUUCAAAUCCUAGCUAGUGAAUGGCGAAUUGUUCUUCUCUGUAAAAGUUGCUACAAUCUUGUAGAAUCAUCGCAGUAUUGUUCGUAUUGCUUAAUUAGGGUUUCAACUUCAUCAAUGGAGUCGUGUUAUGAGUGCAAGAAAUGUCGUCGUAGGAUUCAUAAGGAUUGCGUUCCAAUGUUUUCUUUUGGUUCAGGUAAUAUUAGUAGUAGUGAUGUUUUUUCGGUUUGUUUUGAUUGUUGGAUCCCAAAUUUGCUUGAGAAUGAAUAUAAUUCUAGGGUUAUUCAUAGUAGAAGUAAGGGUAAAGAGGUUAAAUGUGGUGGUGAAUUGACGAAUUCGUUAGGGAGUUCUGGGGUCUGUGAUUCACAGGAUAAGGGGAAGGGUUUGGAGGGUGUAAUGAAUGAUGCUCAUGUUUUGGCUCAGAAGAAGAUUGCGGCUGCGCUUGAAGCGAAGGAGAAGGCUUUGGACAAAGCAAUUGUUGCGAAGAGGGCGGUGGUGCUAGCGAGUAGUGCUGUGGGUGUGGUUGCCGUAAAUAAAGAGGAUGAUCAACGGGGUUCGAUGAUUGAUGAUGAUGCCCAAUUGGCUUUUAGGUUGCAUAGAGCGAUGAAUAGUUCGCGUAGGAUCUUGAGAAACUCGUGCUUGUUGAAUACCCAUUGUGUGGAUGUUCCUGAGGUGAAUGGGAGUUUGGAUGAACAGGCAGCUGUUGCAAUGAAUCACUCUAGCAAACCACUCAAUAUUAGGGGCGAUGAGCAAAAUGGGUUGCUUGAGACUAGACAACGAUGUGAGCAGAAUUGUGCUAGACCACAAGAUGAAAAGCAUGGUGGUGACUUUGGCGGUUGCUUGAUUACAUAUACCAGGAAGGGGCGGGCAUCAUUAGAGGGGAAGUGCAAGGAAGAACCAGAUUUUUACCUAAGGACAUACAGCGAGGGAUGUUCAUCUGGAGGUGUAAGGGUGAAAGAGGAACCUGAGUCUCCUCUGAGGACAUAUUGCAGGAGGCUGUCAAAAGUUAAAAGGCGGAAACUGGAACUUGGUCAUUGUUCUAAAACAUAUAGCAGGAGGCACUCAGCGAUACCACAUUUUAGAAGCAAAUUGAGUUAUGGACAUUUAAACUUGGAUAACAGGUCUCUUGCUCCAGCUGUGGAUUUGGAGAUUUCUGGGAAAUCAAGAGCAUUCACUGCUUCUUAGUGUUGUUCCUUAAUUUGAAGCUCCAGUUUUGUGGAAGGUCUCACUUCUAAUCUUCUCCCUAUUUCCUUCUGUACAGCGGAAGAUCUCUAAUUAAUUGGUUAUGCUGCCACCCUGAACUUGCUGGCUGCUGCUCUUUUGUCCUCAAUACAGGGGUCGUCCAAUGCUUUUUGGUGCAAGUUCAUCUUCAGUGUAUUCUCAUCGGAUCAUGGUUUCCUCUAUCAUUCUCCCCGUUUAUGGCAACGUUUAUCCCCGAGGAUUUUACUAUGUACCAGUCCUUGUAGGGGAUCCUCCAAGACCCUACUUUCUUGAUCCUGAUACAGGCAGUGACCUCACUUGGCUCCAAUGUGAUGCACCUUGUGUUCGUUGUACUAGGGCUCCUCAUCCUCUUUACAAACCCAGCAGUGACUUAAUACCCUGUAGAGAUCCCCUGUGUGCUGCCGUACAACCUGAAUAUUACAGAAGUGAAACCCCUGAGCAAUGUGAUUAUGAGGUUGAGUAUGCAGAUGGUGGUUCAUCGCUUGGUGUUCUCCUGAGGGAUGCCAUGCAUUUUAACCUUACUAACGGACUAACACAAAGCCCUCGUCUGGGAAUUGGAUGUGGAUAUGAUCAAAUCCCCGGCUCAUCUCACCAUCCCUUGGAUGGAGUACUUGGUCUUGGCAAGGGGAAAGCCAGCAUUGUCUCACAACUCAGUGAUCAGGGUUUGACCAGGAAUGUUGUCGGCCACUGCUUAAGUGCGCGAGGGGGAGGCUACAUCUUCAUAGGAGAUCAAGUUUAUGAUUCUUCUCGUAUGGUUUGGACAAAUUCAUCUAGUGGUUACACGAAACACUACUCACCUGGAUUUGCAGAGCUCGUUUAUGGUCGGAGAACAACUGGAGUUGAAAAUCUUCUUGUGAUUUUCGAUAGUGGGAGUUCCUACACUUACUUUGCCUCUGAGGCUUACCACACCCUUGUUUCUCUGUUGACGAGAGAUUUACAUAGAACGUCUCUGAAAGAUGCCACUGAUGAUGACACGCUUCCUGUAUGCUGGAAAGGUAGAAGACCUUUCAAGAGUAUUCGCGAUGUAAAGAAGUACUUCAAGCCUUUGGCUUUAAGCUUUGGGGAUGGAGGCAGAUAUGCUUCUCAUUAUGACAUCCCUCCUGAAAAUUAUCUUAUUAUCUCAAUGAAAGGCAAUGUCUGCUUGGGAAUUCUGAAUGGUACUGAAGUAGGACUACAGAAUUACAACAUCAUUGGAGAUAUAUCGAUGCAAGAUAAGAUGAUAGUCUAUGAUAACGAGAAAACUAUGAUCGGAUGGGGAUCAGCCAACUGCGAAAAAAUUCCCAAAGGGAAGGCAGUGGCAUUAUGAAGAUUGUCUCUGUAGAUAGCUUUGUUUGAUCUGUAAGUACAUUGAACAGUAUGCAAGAUGGCAGGCAUUAGAAGUUGUAAGUAGACAUAUUCUUGUUAUGUAUAUUAGGGUCAUUAUAUUUACAUUGUUGUUGGGGGCUAAAAACACUUCCAUUCAUUUAUCAGGUUCAUGUUAUUAGAGACGAGAAUAAAGAUUAUGUAAUUCAGUAACAUUUUCCCCCUCCAUUCCAGAACACAAGGCAUAUAAAUACAAUUAGGUAGGUCAUGUUACAGAUGGAUGUAGCAUUUACUGAA